AUGUUUCAAUUCAAAGUGUUCGUAAUUUUAUUGUCAUUGGAUUAUGGACUUUGUUUCAUCAACCUGGCCGAUGUAGAAUGUGGCGUGUACCAAGCUCGACGUGCAAGAAUAGUAGGAGGAGAAGAUAGCUUACCUUCAGAAUUCCCGUGGGCAGCCAGCAUAUGGAGACAGGGGGCUCAUCAGUGUGGUGCUACUGUUCUCACUGACAGAUGGCUAUUGACAGCGGGUCACUGUAUUUGUAGGUUCGUAAAGAGAAAAAUUGACGAAUUCACAAAUGAAUUGCUAAUAUCCUCCUUGUACUAG